GUACCGUCAACCAGCCCAUCCCUUAUCAAUCCAUCUGCAUAUUCACCCUCCCGGGUCGUUUACCUUGUUUUCUAAAGACCCCCGGGGAUUUUGCUGUUUCGACUUCGCUCUGCUUUUCGGUCUCCCUGAUUGCCUUACAUCAUGAACGGCGCCAGCGAUCCGGAGAGAGAGCAGGCGCUCGAGGAUUACAAGAGGAGCCUGCUUGAGCUCCGAGAAUGGGAAGCCAAGCUCAAGUCUCUUCGCAUGGGAAUCAAGGAUUUGCAACGAGAGUUUGAUAUCUCUGAAGAGAACAUCAAGGCGCUGCAAAGUGUCGGCCAGAUCAUCGGAGAAGUGUUGAAGCAGCUGGAUGAGGAGAGAUUCAUUGUCAAGGCAUCAUCCGGACCGCGUUAUGUCGUCGGUUGCCGCUCGAAGGUCGACAAAGCAAAGCUGAAGCAGGGCACCCGUGUCGCCCUCGAUAUGACCACACUUACUAUAAUGAGAAUGCUCCCGAGAGAGGUUGAUCCGUUGGUAUACAACAUGUCACUGGAGGACCCAGGCCAGAUCAACUUUGCAGGCAUUGGUGGUUUGAACGAGCAGAUCCGCGAGCUUCGAGAAGUCAUUGAGUUGCCGCUCAAGAACCCCGAGCUUUUCCAAAGAGUAGGAAUCAAGCCGCCCAAGGGUGUGCUCCUCUACGGUCCUCCCGGUACCGGAAAGACGCUGUUGGCACGAGCAGUGGCAAGCUCAAUGGAGACGAACUUCCUGAAAGUUGUCUCGUCCGCUAUUGUCGACAAGUACAUCGGUGAAUCUGCACGGUUAAUAAGAGAGAUGUUCGGAUACGCCAAAGAACACGAGCCUUGCAUUAUCUUCAUGGACGAAAUCGACGCUAUCGGUGGAAGGCGUUUCUCGGAGGGUACCUCGGCUGAUCGAGAAAUCCAGCGUACACUGAUGGAGCUUCUCAACCAGCUGGAUGGUUUCGAUUACCUUGGAAAGACGAAGAUCAUUAUGGCUACGAAUCGGCCCGACACGCUUGACCCGGCUCUGCUGCGAGCCGGUCGUCUCGACCGCAAGAUCGAAAUUCCCCUGCCCAACGAGGUCGGUCGUCUGGAGAUCUUGAAGAUCCACUCCAGCACCGUUCAACUGGAUGGUGAGAUCGACUUCGAAAGUGUGGUGAAGAUGAGCGACGGACUUAACGGUGCUGAUCUUCGCAACGUUGUUACGGAAGCUGGUCUAUUUGCUAUCAAGGAUUACCGGGAUGCGAUCAACCAGGAUGACUUCAACAGAGCGGUCCGCAAGGUGGCUGAGGCGAAGAAGCUGGAGGGCAAGCUGGAAUACCAGAAGUUGUAGUUCCCGCUUGAUUGAAUACCUGAGAAUUAGCCAUGAUGUAGAAAGCUAUUAUUUCCAACUUAUGGGAAGCCAAACCCCCAAUCUGCUUAUGCUCAUCUAAUGUACAC